CCCACGCUCACUCACACCCACCUUCACUUCAUCACCACCAUCACCUCUCUGGACCCAAAUGCGUCUAGAGCUCUAGACUUUCUGCUUACAGACCUCACACACACUGUUUGGGGUCUCUUGCCGGGAUAAAAUUUUCAACUUUUUUUUUGUAGCUAUAAUUAAUAGCUAGUAGCCAUUGGGUACUAGACGCUCCUAGGCGCAGGAUAGCUUACAAUUCUUCAAGGAAACUUUUUCUUUCUUGAAGAAGCGCUUGCACUAAUCAGUAUUCAUUUGAUUCCUAGAAUUUUUGGAACAAACAGAGAUUUGUCAUCCGGCAGAUGAACAGAGUGCGUUAGCUUUUGCAGCUACACAGCUGAUGUAUGCUGACUUGUGGCAUUCUCAUUUUUGCAAUCAGAAUCUCCUCGGGUGCCUUUGUUGUUCCGCAUCCAGUUCCUGUUUGGGUUGACACUUCUUCGUUACUUUUGCUCAACCCAACGCAUUUGUCUCUGGCUGGUUGGCUGACUGAGGGUCUCUCCAUGAAAAAGGUCAACCUGAAUGGGAAGAGCCUGUAUGUUGCCUUGGACGUCUUGUAUAUACUCUUAUUGCCUUCGGCUUGUAAGGUCACACAAGCUGUUUUGGAUGCCUGGUCGAUCCUUCAGGAUGCAGACAAAAGGAAGGCCUACGAUGCUGUCUGGCACAAGACAAGGAAUGAAGAACUAGCAGCUGCAGUUGCAGAGGCACGACGACGGGAGGGGAACGAGCUUUACAAGGAAGCGCAGGCACUUGCCAAAGCUUCCGGCCCUGACAGUCUGUCGGCUGCAACAGCUGCAUUGUCGAAGUACCAGGCAGCAAUCGAGAAAUACUCGGAGGGCAUAGACCUGGCACCAACGGAUCACCGCAUCCGCAGCAACCGAGCUUUGUGCUACAGUGCCUUGAAGGACUGGCAAAAAUGCAAGGAGGAUGCUGCAGCUGUUAUUGAGAUGAGGCCUGACUUCAUGAAGGGUUGGUUCUUGCUUGUCAAAGCAUUUUGGAAGGAAGGCAAUCCAGUCACUGCUCAGCGCCAACUGGAGUUGGGAUUGCAGGCCAUCCCCGACAGCUCCGAGCUGCUCGCGCUGCAAGAAGAGCUUGCCCCAGAGGUCCAGGCUGCUUGCAACGGGGACUUACUACCACCGGUGCCCAAAGGUAGAAGUAGCAGAAACGUGUCGCCUUCAUGCACACCCGUGCAAGGCAAUUCAAGAUCAGGCUCUAGGGUUGCCACACCGCCUCCUGUGCGCGGUGCAUCCAAAUCGUCGGGUCGCCAAAGAUCAACAUCGCGUUCUCGAUACCCCAGUGCAGGUGCCGGUGCCUGGGAAGACACAGCGAGAUUUGGAGAAGAAGCAGAAAGGACUGCGCAAUUUGGCUCCUACAUGGCGGGUCAUUGCAGCUCCAGUCCUAUGCCGCCUCCAUCCCCACCGCCGCCACCGCGAGAAGGUGGAUCGACACCGCCACCACCACCAAUUUCGCAACGUACAAAGGGAUCUUCCCUGGCUUCUAUGGCAGCCUCGAGCCGGCUGGGAGUCCAUGGCACUUGAGCCUCGAGCACAUCCUCUGGCAACGUGUUGGUGCUCCCCAUUUUUAAUCUCUCCAAUCCUUGCAACUCACGUUCUCAAAGAAAGAGUGUCUGGUACAUCUGAUACGUUCACUGGGCCUUGUGCUUUUUCAACCUUUUCAAGUGCUGACGAUUCUAGUGGAGAACUUCGUUAUAAAGGUGCGCGUUUUGAAGCAGAUUCAGCAAUCAGCCGCUUGAGUUGCGGCUAGCUGUGUAAAAAGGAUGACCUUCCGUUGUGAUUUGCACGGACAAAGUGUUUCACACCUGCCGCAGAAGCGCUCGUGGCCAGAAGCCAAUGUUGACAACAGACGGAUGGCUUAAUAAAUUGUGCUGGCACUUGCAAUGGCAAUGCUACAUGAAGCAAUAUGCUCACAUAAAUCUGAAUGCCUCCAGUACUGAUUCUUG